UAGUUGGGUCCUAAGUUGAUGCCGCGUAAUUCUAAGCAAUGGUGCUCUCCCACUUCUUCCUCUUUUGAUAUUCCGAAAGCUCUGCAUUUUUACAACAUCCCCUUCUUCAUCAUCAACCUUUACCUCAUAUAUCAAGAAAACCCAUUUUCAUCUUCCAUUUUUUGAUUUUUUGGAACCCCUUUUGAGAAAAAUAGGCCAAUCUUCAAAGCCUCAUUUUCAAGAACCAAAAAAGAAGUUGGUUCUUAUGUGGUGUUUGAAGAGUGUUGGAAGCAUAGAGGCUAACUCCACAAAUACCCUUUUGGAUUGAGUUUGUACAUAGAGUAAUUUAUUUUGGGGUCACGAGCGAGCUCGUUGCUGUAGUUUCGAGAAGCUCUUGCACAUUUGGUUAUGAAUUUGGUUAAAUGUUUGAGAAGUAAAGGUGAAAGUACAAGGAGAGGAUAUUGUACAGCUAAGUAUAGACCAUGACUAGUGAGUCUUGUGGAGUUUCAGGUCAAAACGUUGGCAAUGAUGUUCCGCUUACUGAAAAUCACAAUGACAGGUAUAGACAUAAUGUAUCCAUGCAGACAGGCGAAGAGUUUUCAGAAGAGUUUUUUAUGAAAACUUUGACACCAAGAAAAGCAAACAUAACAAGAGAUACAGAACAAAAUCAGCCAAUUAUAGGUAUUUCAAAUCCCGCUCAAAAUUGCCACGUUGUCUCUAGGGAACUUCAUGACCUCCUUGGGAUAAAAAGAAGUGAUUCAGACUGUGGUGCUGAGUUUUCGGACUAUUCUCCUAGGAUAGCAUAUGCACCGGAAGGUGACAAGAAGACUUAUUUUGAUACAGUAAGCAGAUGUAACAGGGAAUGUAGUGUCAGUGGACAACAACCAUCAAGAUUCUUCGAUGAGAAGAACAGAGAUGUAGUAGCUCCUUGCGCAACUGGUCGAGACAUAUAUGCAUCAGAGUCCCCUCAUUCACAUCAAAUCCGAAACCCUGAGGGAGGAGUUUCUGAGAGCUGUGGGAAUGGAAAGAUAAGAUUACUCUGCAGCUAUGGGGGUAGAAUCUUACCAAGGCCGAAUGAUGGGAAGCUUAGAUAUGUAGGUGGGGAGACGAGAAUUAUAUCAAUUAGGAAGAACCUAGCUUUCAACGAGCUUGUAAAAAAGACAAUAGCAAUUUGUAAUCAACCUCAUACAAUUAAGUAUCAGCUUCCUGAAGAAGAUCUUGAUGCACUUGUAUCCGUUUCAUCCGAUGAGGAUUUUCUGCACAUGAUUGAGGAAUAUCAUGACUUGGGAAAAAGUUCUCAAAGGCUACGGUUGUUUCUUGUGCCUUGUGCUGAUUCUGAGGUCACUUGUUCCUUUGAAGGAAUGACAUUACAGCAAAGUGAAGCUGACUAUCAGUAUGUUGUUGCAGUAAACGGAAUGCUUGAGCCAGGUCAUCGUAGAAGCUCUAGCAGGGAGGCCUUUGCAAACCAAGCAAGUCAAUUUGGAAACACUUUGGACUUUAGUCCUAUGUGCCAAAGAGAUUCCCCAACUUAUCUCCCAUUUGAGAACCAUAAUGGAGGUAAUUCAAUGAAUGUGAAGUUUCUGCUCCGAAAUCCCAGUACUUCUUAUGUUAACAUAUCUCAGGUCCCCUCUAAUUCAUAUGUUCAAUCAUCUCCUUUAUCUCCAGCGACAUUUCAGAUCACUGAUCCUAACCGUUCCCAUGUCCUUUUAAAUGAUAAUGUUGCAAGCAUUGACUUUCCUGAUGCCGGUAGUCCAUAUGUAGUAGACGAACCACUAUAUGAAAAUUCCUAUCAUGUUGAUACCACAGGCUACUAUUAUAAUUGUCCCCUUGAGACUACUCCAAGGACAAAUUACCCUAGUAAACGAUCUGUGUCUUCUGCACAGUUUGGUCGAACAGAGUUGGAUUCUAGGAGGCUAAUGUCAAACAAAAGGGAAAUGCACAUAGAAAAGCUAAACCAUUCUCAAGAUACAAGAAUGUCUCCUGGAUCUGAUAUUCAAGCUUCAUCUGGUUACAGCAUGCACCAAGAUGCCACUGAUCAAUCACAAUUGGUAGAGAGGCCCAAUUUAUCUAGAGAAGAUUCAAUAAGCUUACCCCCUUCAGAUUUUCUACGAGAAAAAUCUCCAUCACUUGCAAUGUCUUAUUCAUCUCAAGAAUGGUCAACGAAAGAGCAUGAGGUGAGAGAUGAAAAUUACCUAAUUGCCAAGAAGGAGCAUCAGCCAAAUAUAGAAGCCAGAGAACGCAACCAAGAGUAUACUGAAUGGAGUCAAAGUACAAAUAACUGGAUAAAGAAGACAUGUCCUACUUUCAACAAGUGCAGUAGAAGCUCUGAGGUUAAUGCAAGCGAUAUACCAACUGUUAAUGGCCUGGAACAUGAGUUGAAAUUGCCAAAAAUUCUAUGCUACUCGGAGCCAGAACUUAGUGUCUACACAUCAUCAUCAGAUCCCAAAAUCCAAGUGGAAACACACACUUCUUCACCCCCUAUGCCUCAAAAGAAUUCAAUAGUCACUUCCAAACAGCACCACAUAGAUGACGAUAUAAUUCACAUAACAGCACCUUAUACUCAAGCUUGUGGAGGCACAACAACUUCUGUACCGUCUAUUUCUCAUGAAUGUUUAACAAAUAUUGCUGGAGGUAGAUAUGUUAAUUACAACUUAAGUCCUUCAACACCUUGUUGUCUCGUCAAGGACCAGAAGGAAUCCAAACAUGACCAUCAUGUUGUAGCUACAACAAUGAACAAUACAACUGAAUCCUGCAUAUAUUAUGAGCUGCAGCCUUCUAUAAUAAAGGAUAAUAAUGACCUCCAAAACAUACAAUCUGUGCCAUUUCCUUCCGAAGAGUCUCUUUUUUAUUUGGAUUGGAGAAAUCCUUUGAGUGGUGAUCUAUCAAUUCCAAAUUCAGCUGCAGAUGUGGCUUACACUCAUGAGGUCUCUUUCCACCAGAAACUUGUGGAUGGUCCUCAUAAAUCUACAGAAAAGGAAAAUGCUGAUAGAGUUGCUUAUGAAAAGGCAGCAUCUGGGAAUGUUUCAUUUCUCCAUUUGCAGCAGUCAGAUGAUUCAUAUGACAGAAAAUUACGAGAAAUUGCUGUUAUUGUGGAAGAUGUAACCGAUAGUGUGCCUCCUGAUAUACCCUUAUCUUCAACAAUAGUUCCACAUGUGCAAGAUGAACCUAGUGAUGGGCUUCCAUCUGCUGAGGAAGGAACCAAUGUUGAGAAUGUUCUUGAAGAAUCUGAUCAUGAGGAUGGCAGAAAUGGUUCUAAUGGAAAGGAAGAAUCUGUCACUGAUUCUGCGAUCAUUGAAAAGGAGGCUGGGAUCUAUGGCUUACAGAUCAUAAAAAACAGUGAUCUUGAAGAGCUACAAGAAUUGGGAUCUGGAACAUAUGGUACAGUAUAUUAUGGGAAGUGGAGGGGAACAGAUGUUGCUAUCAAGAGAAUAAAACAAAGUUGUUUUGCUGGGAGUUCAUCUGAACAAGAACGUCUGAUCAAAGAAUUCUGGAGAGAGGCUAAGAUUCUAUCUAAACUACACCAUCCAAAUAUAGUGGCACUCUAUGGGGUGGUUCCAAAUGGACCUGGUGGAACAGUGGCUACAGUUACUGAAUAUAUGGUCAAUGGGUCUCUGAGGAAUGUUCUGGCUAGGAAGGACCGUUCUUGCAGAGCGCUUGAUCGGCGAAAAAAACUUAUGCUUGCAUUAGAUGCUGCUUUUGGCAUGGAGUACCUACAUUUGAAAAAUAUUGUUCAUUUCGAUUUGAAAUGUGAAAACUUGCUGGUCAACUUGGGAGAUCCACAUCGUCCUGUGUGCAAGGUUGGUGAUUUUGGGUUAUCACGGAUUAAGAGAAAUACCCUUGUUUCGGGUGGCGUUAGAGGAACACUUCCAUGGAUGGCGCCGGAGCUAUUGAAUGGAAACAGCAGUCGGGUUUCAGAAAAGGUUGAUGUGUUUUCGUUUGGCAUCACAAUGUGGGAGAUCUUGACAGGGGAGGAGCCUUAUGCAAACCUGCACUGUGGUGCUAUUAUUGGUGGAAUUGUAAAUAACACACUCAGACCUCCCGUCCCACAACGUUGUGAUCCUGAAUGGGGAAAACUGAUGGAAGAGUGCUGGUCGCCUGAUUCAGAAGCAAGACCGUCAUUUACAGAGAUAACAAACAGACUUCGCGCUAUGUCACAAGCGCUCCAGCCAAAGACUCGAGUAAGGACAUGAAAUUGUACAGUCAAUGUUUGUGUAAAGAAAAGUUUUAUAGGAAAGAAAGAAAAGUAGUGUCUGUCCUUUCUGUUAAAACUUCCAGCUUCCUGUGUGUAAAUGAUGAAAUAGCACAUCAUUUUGAACAUUGGAUACAUAAUUGAUAUACAACAUCAACGUACCUGGUGAAAUCCCACAAGUGGAGUCGUGUACGUAGGCCGUACUAUUACCUCGUGGAGGUAGAAAGUCUGUUUCCAAAAGAAUUGAUAUACAAGAUUACCUUUCCAAAUUACUUCACUUGCCCCUCUUUGUUAUUGGAUCUGUUUUUUACAUUAUUUCUAUUAAGAUCUUAUUCACUUCCUCGAGUGAAUCGAGAAAUAUAUUCGAUCAUCAUUCAUCCUUUUGAUAUA